AUUUAACGUGACCCGUUACUAAGAGCACCCAAAACCAGUCUAUUAAAAAUUUAAUAGGUAAAAACCGUCCGAAGAUAUUGUGCGCCGAUUAGAAACUACCGUGUUUCUUUUUCUUUACAUUAACUUUUUUUUUUGGUGGCCAAAUUAGAUUUUGGCCGCUCUAUUCUGACGGGACGAGUGCUUCGUGAAUGUUUUUAUGUAAAAUAGAGGAGGGAACCUGUUGCUUCCGACACCAUCAGGGUUGCGUUGUGACGACCGUUACACCGGAAAUCGGCAGCGAGCACCUUCCGUUCAAUUGGAAGUUAUACCUAAACGCCGAGCCGCCGUGGUGCUGCUAGCUAAACGACUCGUUUGAGUAGCUGAACCUCCCCAUUACCCCGCACACACAAACUGCGCGAUUCUGAGCGCAUAGCUGCCUCCUUGCUUUUUUCAACCGACCGCCCAAACACCGAAAUUAAUAUCCCUAGAUUAUAAGAAUUAUCACUAAGUUCCCUGUUCAAUCAAUUCUAGGCCGGUUUAUUUGUUAACUCUAUAUCCUUCGACACCAUGAGGGCCGAUACUUUGAGUUUGGACGAGCGCGUCCAUGUCCUCGAUUCUCAAACCAAUGUCUGGACUGUUAUCGACCAAAUUGCAAACACUGGUAUGCAAGAAGAAGCUUUUUAUGUUUGUGACAUUGGCAAUAUUGUCCAUAAACAUAAAAUUUGGACUAGCGCUAUGCCAAGAGUGAAACCAUUUUAUGCUGUUAAAUGUAACGAUAGUUUAACUGUUUUGGAAGUCUUGGCAGCUUUAGGAACGGGUUUCGAUUGUGCUUCAAAGGCUGAAAUAAAUAAAGUUUUAUCCCUUGGAGUACAAUCGAAUCGAAUUAUUUUCGCUAAUCCAGCAAAACCAAACAGUCACAUUAAACACGCCGUCGCCACUGGAGUCGAUUUGAUGACUUUCGAUAACGAAACUGAACUUUAUAAAGUUAAGGAUUUAUAUCCUGACGCUAGAAUGGUCAUCCGAAUCCGGCAGGAUGCUACAGUUUCCCAAUGCCCCUUGGGAAUGAAAUUCGGGUGUAACGCAAUAACUGAAGCACCGCAACUAUUGAAACUCGCCCGCGAAUUGGGUAUUAACGUUGUUGGGGUUAGUUUCCAUGUUGGUUCUGGAUGUAAAGAUCCCCCAGUUUUUCGAAAAGCCAUUGCUGCCGCUAGGAGCGUUUUCGAUUACGCAAAAACGUUGGAUUUUAAUUUUAAUUUGUUGGAUAUUGGAGGAGGAUUUCCUGGUGAUUUUGGAACAUCCAUCGAUAGAAUUGCCGAAAUUGUAAAUGCUGCUCUUGAUGAUUACUUCCCAGAUCCUUCUGUAGAUGUUAUUGCUGAACCAGGAAGGUAUUAUGUUAGUUCUGCAUAUACUUUGGCUUGCAAUAUCCAUUCCAUAAGAACUGUUAAUAAUAAAAAUGGAGAUAAACAUUAUAUGUACUACAUUAAUGAUGGUGUUUAUGGAAGUUUUAACUGUAUCUUGUAUGAUCACCAAAAAGUUGUUGCGCAACCUUUAAAAGAAUAUCCCGAUUCUGGCUUAAAAAGUAGCAGUGUUUGGGGACCAACUUGUGAUGCUUUAGAUGAAGUUCUACCAAAUGUAUUAUUACCAGAACUGCAUUUGGGUGACUGGUUAAUUUUUGAAAAUAUGGGAGCUUACACACUACCUGUGGCAAGUCCUUUCAAUGGUUUUCCCAUACCUAAAGUUCAUAUUGUUGCAAAUGAAAACGUUUGGUUAUUACUAAAAGAUCUACUACCUCUAACUGAAGGUCAUUUUAUUAUUGGAAGUAGAUCUCCAGAACGCUUAGCGAUGGAAAUUACCGAUGGAGAACCUUGGAGCUUGCCAACAAUGCCCAUAACUAUUCCAGUCCGCGGAAAAGAUGGAAAAAUAGAAGAGCACGUUUUGGAGUUUGUCGAAAUGUGUCAAUAGCAGAAGGAUAUGGACAGUGCAAGAAAAGGAAACAAGAUCAAAUUUAAUAUUUUAAUUGAUUAUCUAACGUUUAAAUUUUUAUUUUCUAUGUGUAACGUUUUUUCGAAGCACUUUUUUCUUAGAACCCUAGAACGUGGAGACGACGAAGUCACAAAUAUUUAGUGAUAAUUCAAUGUAAUCUUAAUUGGAGAACGAAGCCGUUAGUUUUUUUGGGUAAUAUUUCAAGUACUUCAUCAUACGAAAUAGUCUUGUGGGAAAAAUGACAGAAAUAAUAAACUUGAAUAAUAAUCAAAUUUAAAUUAAAUGUUGAUUGAGCAAGGGGGCAGCUUAAGCUUACUGAUAAAGUGUAACAAUGUAUGAUAUUGACUCGUUCAUCAUUUCUAAUGCAGACAACAGUUUAUGUUUUCACAAAGGAAAUUGUGUAUCAGUCAAUAUACUAUUUACAUUCUUGCUUGUAUUGUUGUAAUUUAUAUAGUUAUCUAUGGACAUGUAUACUUUCAAUAAAUGUACUGCAUUAUGA